AUGAAGCGCAUUCUUCAAUAUUUAUCGCAGGACGAUUCACCAUUAUUUCGUUUCGUUUCCGUUCAACAAAUCACACUCAAAGAGAAGAGUCAGAGGCAUCAAGCUGUCAAGCGCUAUCCGUCCCGUGAUGUCGAUUUGUGGAAAAACAGGACCCCAUUAAUCAGUGAUGAUAUUACUGACCUACCGAAAACAAAAAUCCAAAAUCGCAUUCUUAUAGCUGGUCGGACCGUAAAAUCGGCAAAGUGUAACUUACGCCUUAUCGAUGGAAGGGAGAGUCAGAAGAAUGAUAAGGUUGGCCUAGUUGGUUGUUAG